AUGUUCGCAAGACUAGCAUCGAAAAACGCCGUCAAGCGUGUCUCUCAGGUGAGAUUCUUGUCGGUUCAUGAGUUCAGAUCAGCAUCUUUGUUGAAGCAGUACGGAGUGGGAACCCCUAAGGGAAUCGCAGCUUUCACACCAGAGGAGGCAUACGAGGCCGCCAAGAAGUUGGGCACGGAUGAUCUUGUUGUCAAGGCCCAGGCUCUCACUGGAGGAAGAGGUAAGGGACACUUUGACACCGGUUACAAGUCGGGAGUGCAUCUUGUCAAAGGUGCCGAGGAGGUCAAGCAGGUGGCCAAGGAGAUGCUCAACCACCAGUUGAUCACGAAGCAGUCGGGAGCCGCCGGAAAGCCCGUUUCUGCCGUCUACGUCGUCGAGAGAAAGUACCCACUUCACGAAUCAUACUUGUCGGUGGUCAUGGACAGAAAGAAUCAGUCUACGAUGAUCAUUGCCUCGUCUGAGGGUGGUAUGUCGGUCGAGGAGGUGGCCAAGAAGAACCCGGAGGCCAUCAAGAAGUUCCCAGUUAACAUCAACGAGGGCGUUUCGGAUGAGUUGGCCACGAAGAUCGCCUCAGGCCUGGGAUUCACUGCAGAUGCAGUUCCAAAGGCUGCCGCAGACAUCAAAACUCUUUACAAGAUCUUCAAGGAGAAGGACGCCACCCAGGUUGAGAUCAACCCUUUGACCGAGACCAAGGAGCACGACAUCGAGUGUGUUGACGCCAAGUUCAACUUCGACAAGAGUGCCGCAUACAGGCAAAAGGACGUCUUUGCAUGGAGAGACGUGUCGCAGGAGGACCCAGACGAGGUCGAGGCCUCCAAGUACGGCUUGAACUUCAUCAAGCUCAAUGGUAACAUCGGCUGCUUGGUCAACGGUGCCGGUUUGGCCAUGGCAACCAUGGAUGUUGUCAAGUUGUACGGCGGUGCACCUGCCAACUUCCUUGAUGUUGGUGGUGCCUCCACCCCAAAGACCAUCGAGAAGGCCUUUGAGUUGAUCAUGUCCGAGAAGAAGGUCAACGCCAUCUUCGUCAACAUCUUCGGUGGUAUCGUCAGAUGCGACUAUGUUGCAGAUGGUUUGAUCAAUGCCACCAAGAAUUUGGGCUUGAAGGUUCCUGUCAUCGCCAGACUCCGUGGUACCAACCUCGAGAUUGCCAGAAAGAUGAUCGAGAACAGUGGCUUGAAGCACCUUUACUUGUACUCUGACUUGGACGAGGCUGCCAAGAAGGCUGUCGAGCUUGGAAAGAUCUAA